AUCGAGGUGGGGUGUACGGCACGCGAUCACGGAUUCUCCAUCCACCUUCUCACUUGCAAUAAAUAGAUUUAGAAACAAAAAUUAUGUGAUAAAUUUGAUCAUGGUACAAACUGUUUAAAGACUUUUUUGAAUAUUGUGCGAUUCUUUGUUGUCGGUCGCCUUGACACGUAUCUUUGUGAUUUUUUCUGCGAUAGGUUUUUGAUAUUCUUUAAUUAAACUCUUACUGAUCUCGGAGGAUAAGAGGGUCGGCAGCGAUAUAGAGAUAUACGCCGACAUUCGCAGGUUUCACGCUUACACGACGCUUAACGCCAAAAACCAAUUCCGCGCUCCUACCGAGUGGGGCAUCGUACUGAGACCUGCUUCUAUAUCUACCGGCAAAACGGCGGACAACAACGACGAGGACGUCGCAGCCGCCAUCGCCUCGACGCCAUCCUCAUCCUCUUUUACUUCUUCCUCUGACCAAUUGCGCUGUCUCGCCUGCGAUUCUGAGCGAGUCCGCUCCUGUUGGGUCAUAGCCAUGCGCCUGGCCAAGUAUGGGAAGCAGCUCAGGGAAAACUAUAGGGCUUUUCGGAAUAAGCAGGGUGACACUAUCAACUCAAAAGACUAUAAUAGCUACUCCGUACCUAAUGAAUCAGUCCGCUCUCGCGUCGCCAUGGACUUCACAGGCGCCGUGGGUAGGAUAGUGGAAGAUCCCCAAGAAGCGACGGCCAUCGCAGUAGCCGAAGGAUAUUCGUGGAAACGCCGUUGGAGAGGGUACACUCGUGGGUCGACAGGUCCCACUGGUCUCAGUCAACAAACGGCGUACGUGCAAUCUAUAGAUGCCGGCAUCCACAUGACACAACCCUGGUUCCACAGUGGUUUGUCUAGAGAUAAGGCUGCGGAAUUGAUAUCGAAACAUGGCACCGUCGAUGGGGUAUUUUUAGUUCGUGAUAGUCGUUCCAAUCCUGGUUCUUAUGUGAUAACCUACAAAUGCGGGGGGAAAGUUAUACAUGCACAAGUCAACCCGAUUCUAGACCCCCUUAGAGAUCGGCCCGUGUUCUCGAUUGACAACGGGGCGACCAAGUUCUACGAUCUGCUACAACUCGUGGAAUUCUAUCAAUUGAAUGCGGGUUGCCUACCUACAAGGCUGACACACUAUGUAACCUUUUUGUUAACGGAGGACAUCUCCGAGAAGCACGAAGAGCAGUUUCCCAAAGCGGGAACGAGCACUUAGGAUCAUCUGUGCGUUUCAUUUCAAUGGACAUUUAUUCAAAUUUUUUAAUAUGGUGAUUUUCUAUUUCCUUUUAAAAGAUAGAACUUGAAUGAUUGAUAUUGUGGAUGUUUGAACUUUGUGUGUUUAUAUUGCUCGAGUCCUUCGGCGAUGUGGUAACACUGCUCCUGUUUAUAAUAGGAGUGCUACCACCACAUAAUUCGCUUAAAUCUGAAAAAAAGAAAGUCACUACUUACAGCGGCAUAUAAGAAGUGUUCUAUAUUCGCGAACUCAAGCGAGGGUGCUGUCGCUUA